AUGCUCUUGUUUCCAGUUGGACAAUAUGGAAAUGUUAUGAAGAUUAAAACCACUGGGGCAUCAGCAGCAACUGCCUGUGAGGAUGGUGACAAAAAGAUAUCUGGUAGGCGUGCCUCCCGCCAGCUGGCUAAAACAGAUCUCCAGAGGAUGAACAGCUACAAGGACACCAUCAUAAAAGUGGGACGUGACACCGGUGUGGAUCCAGCUGUUAUUGCUGCAGUCAUAUCCAGAGCAUCUCGGGGUGGGUCAGAGUAUGUACUGGUGAAUGGUUGGAGUGCCAAUGGUGAUAUGUUUGGAUUAAUGCAGAUCGCCAAACAGUGGCACACUCUGCGGGGUGACUGGGACAGUGAGGAGCAUAUCAAACAAGGCACAGGCAUCCUCACUUAUUCAAUAGGAAUUAUUCAGAACAAGUUUCCCAAAUGGACCAAGGAAGAACAGCUCAAAGGUGGACUUGCAGCUUACAAUGCUGGAGCACAGAAUGUCCAUGAUGAGUAUGAAAAAGUGGAUGAGAACACCAGUGCGAAGGACUACUCCAAUGAUGUGGUGGCCAGAGCUAAAUACUACAGAAAACAUGGCUUCCAUGUCUAA